ACAGUCAUUACAGUGUCUAAUUACAGUCGCUAGACCCGUGAUUAAUCUACUAAUCCUCCGUUUCAGUGCACAGUUCCUCAGAUUUCCCCGUUCAUCUUCUUCGUUGCCAAGCUUUACCCUAUAUUGUUCCUCUCAUUCAUCCCCAAUUCCGGUCGCUUGUUUUCCUCUUGAUCGAAUACUACGAUCGGAUUUCGCGUUUUUGUAGUUCGAUGGGCACUGUGUGGAAGUUUCUAUUAAUGUUUCUGAUGCAUCGGCUUCUGUGAUCCGAGGCUAGACGGCCGUAGUACAGGCCGAGCAGGAGAAAUAUUGCACUUUUGUGGCUUUCUUCCCGCAGAUGGGUUGCUUCCCUUGCUGCGGUUCUUCGGAGAACGGAAGGGAGAAGAAGGUGGAGGAGGAAGGGGGCAAAGGGGGUUUUAGGAAGGAGCCUGCAUCGGCGCUCCCUGCGAACCAAGUGAUGAGGGUUAGCUCGGAGAAAUCUAAGUCACGUAACAGUUCAGAGGCCAAGCAGGAAGCAUUAGUCCCCAAAGAAGGAAACGCAACACAUAUUGCCGCACAGACAUUUACUUUCCGGGAGCUUGCAGCUGCUACUAAGAACUUCAGACUAGAAUGCUUGUUAGGUGAAGGUGGUUUUGGUCGUGUUUAUAAAGGGCGCCUGGAGAAUGGACAGGUUGUGGCUGUGAAGCAGCUAGAUAGGAAUGGCCUUCAAGGAAAUAGAGAAUUUUUGGUGGAGGUCCUCAUGCUUAGCCUGUUACACCACCAAAAUCUUGUCAAUUUGAUUGGUUAUUGUGCUGAUGGGGAUCAGCGCCUUCUUGUUUACGAGUAUAUGCCUUUGGGAUCACUGGAAGAUCAUUUGCAUGAAAAAAAACACCAUAGCAGUAGCAAGUGUGGCCUAACAGUAAUAUGGCGGAAGGCUAAUGGAGGACAAUUCAUCCCUAUGAAAGGGAUUCAACUGCUCUUCCGUUUCUCCAUGGAUCUCACUAUUUCGGUCAAUUGUGACCUCUCCCAUGGUCCUUUUCUCAAUGACCUUGGGCUAUUGAAGCACUUGGCGGAGUAUUCGCUAUAUGUCGCCCAUGGUAAAGUCAUGCAUGCGAGUAAACCAUUGAAUCUAAUGCAGGCUCGUCCGUUAUUCAAAGAUCGUCGGAAGUUUCCGAAGAUGGCGGAUCCUUUACUGCAGGGCUGUUAUCCCAUGAGGGGCCUCUACCAAGCUCUCGCGGUUGCUGCCAUGUGUUUGCAGGAACAAGCAGCAACUCGACCUUUAAUAGGUGAUGUCGUCACUGCUCUCUCAUACUUAGCUUCACAAACUUGUGAUCCAAAUGCAACACUACCCCAAACCAGUAGGACAUGUCUUUCUUCCCCAAGGGGCAGAGAAGAAGCCAAAAACCUCAUCGUUGGUUUGGAAACUAAGCACUCUACAGAUUUACCACAGAGUGAUUCAGGAAGGAAGUUGGGCUUAGAGGAACUUGAGAGGCAGGACUCAGCUAGUUACAGCCUAGGCCAUUCGGGAAAAACUCCUAAGGCUCUCGAUCGAGAUCCUGAUCGAGAGCGCGCCAUUGCAGAAGCCAAGGUAUGGGGAGGGAAUUGGAGGGAGAGAAAGAAAUGAAAUGGGAUGGGGAAUUUUGAUAGUACAUGUGAAGAUGAAGGUAUAGUGGCAUCCAAGCUUUAGCAGUUUCUCUUCCUCUUUCUCUUCAACUGCAGCUUAUAGUCCUCUCUCAUGUGAAUAAAAAUUGUUUACUUGUGCCAAAUUCAUCAUUCUUCUUCUCUUGGAAUUUUUGAGAUCAGAUGAGAUCAGAUCCAAUCUUUCUGUUGAAUGUGGCAUUUGAAUGGAUCUGGUGUCCAUUUGAAUGAGCUGCUUGUCAGUCAGGCUUUGGAAGCCAAUGCUGAAGAUGAGAGGGUCUCAUUUUUUGGUGUAUAAUUACUUGGGUACAUUUAGCUCAAAAUUAAGACUUGUAACUUUGAAUUUCAAAGCUUUGGUGAAGCCUACAGUAUAAGAGAAUGGUUGUCAUGAUUUU